AUGGCUUCGCGUGCAAGACAAUCUACCGCUACCCCGGCGCCGCGACGCUCGGAGGGGCCCCUUGCUCGCAGUGGCUCGUCAGCUCUGCCAGAGUACCAAACGCCAACUUACCCACUCAAUCCAGCCGCACAGCGAGCUCUCGCGAAUCUGACACGUACUCAUGAUCUGCGCACGCUUACAACCCGACUCAACGCGGCACAAGAGACUUUGAACACGGCCGCGGUGGACGUUAACGAUCGUCUGACAGACCGAAACGGCCGAGUCGCUAGUGUUCGGCAGAGAAGGGACAAGGAACGCGAAGAAAACGGCGAGGAAGACGAGGGAGAUGAAUCCUUGGAAGAGAUGGAGCGGGCCAUGAAUGAGAUGAAGCAGAAAGUUGACGGCAUGACGAAGCGUAUGGAAGAGACGAUGCGGAAGAUUCUUGAUGGCAAGAAAGAUGUUCAAUUCAUGGAGCAGUCCGUCAAUGCUGCCGCCGAGGAUACGCGUAAUAAUGCGAGUACUCAGGCGAGUACGCUGAAUACCAGAUCGCAGCGUACGAGACAGAGUCAACGAAAUGCCGAGGAUGAAGGAAAUGGCGAAGAUGGCGAGGACGACGACGACGACGACGAGAAUGAUGGGAUCUCAGACUUUCAACCCACUGAUCCAGCCGCUGGUACGCAGCCAGAGCAAGCUCCCAUCAACAUCUUCAGAUCGAAGCUGGAGGAUGCGAAGACGAGGUAUCAGUCUCAUUCCAUGGGCGAUAGGUACGGCAAAGACAACGACUACAUCAACUUCCGGCGUGCCGUCCAUGAUGCACAAUAUCCCGGAGAUGAAGUGCCAAUGCUACCUCCAAGCGAGUGGUUCAACGAAGAUGGUACUGUGGCUGCACCUGGUCACACAGCCAGACGCGGCGGCGGCGAAGAGGACGAGUCGGACGAUGAUAUCGCGAUCGAGAAAGCCACCAUUUCCACCAAAUGCCCUCUUACCCUAAGAGAAUUCAAAGAUCCAAUCUCUUCGACAAAGUGCAGUCACAGCUACGAGAAAACUGCCAUUCUGGAACUCUUCGGUCGUUCCGCUCACGUUCGUUGCCCGGUAGGAGGUUGCAGCGAAGCCCUCACCAAGAAGGAUCUGCGGAAGGAUCCUGUCAUUGUUCGGAAGAUUCAGCGUUUGCAAAAGGCGAAGCGAGUGCAACAGGAACAAGACCAAGACGAAGACGAAGAUGAAGAGGAUGAUGCCCCUCGGGGCACGCAGCGACGGCGUGCACAGACUAUUGACGACGAUGACGCUGCUAAUAUUGAGGACGAAGACGAUGAUGAUUCGCCGAUGAAGCUGGAAACCCAAACGACACAUUCCGUGGGCCCUCCGCAGCCUCCUAGACCUUCGCAGGCUAUUGACUUGGACGACGGAAGUGAUGAAGAUGAAGUGACGCUUGAUUGA